CAUCAUAUGUAGGAACGGACCGAGUGGUACUACGGAGGUCUCGCAGACUGAGGUCCCGCAGAAGGUUGUCGAAAUGGACAGGAGCAAAGGUGAAAAGGCGCUGCUGUGUUAACGUGCGACAAGGGUUUGAUGAGCUUCUCGACAGAAAACGACGACGAUGGUUAGACUAAGCUAUUGUGGUCAUAUCGGUGGUAGGCGUGUGAAGACGUUUUGGUUUUUGCGCGUUCUAUCACUCUCGCUUAUCUUUCCGUUACCUAGUCCGGUGUCGUCGAACGUGCAGACAAAAAUUACUCUGCUCAAUUGCAUUUCGCAGGAGCUGCCCGCCACCGUAUCGCCUCGCUUUCAGGAAUGUAUAGAAUCGGCGCGAACGUCAGGCACUGUCUACCGCUUUAUAAUUGGUUUCGAGUGCAUCCUUCGACUCGCUAACGCGAUCCGACCGGACCGUAGCGUGAACGUGGGCACGCUAUUUACGGCUGUGGGAGACUUUAAAGGAACACGGUUCGAGAAAGCAGCGUUAGAGUGUCAGGCCCCACUGCCCGCCAUGAAGUUCACGAUUUGUAUGUUAGAACACUUCCGAAAGCUCUGCAGGAACCGCAUAAGAACUCAUCGACCUUCGUUGAAGUCUGGAUAACAAGGACCGAUUUCGAACUCCACGGCUACAACUGGAACGCCGCCUAGAAAGAAGAUGCAAAUGGAGACUAGGGUAGGCUAACGGUCACAAUGUGAAAAGUAAAAGUAAACGUUCGAUUACCCUGUUCGUGGUCGGAAUUCGAUCAGUGAUGAAGUGGGCAAAUUGAAAAUGCCAUGCUAGUAUAGCUAAUGAGGUUCGUGCGUUAUCGAAGCGAGUUAAUCGUUGAACUAUACGCAUGUUACUAAGGAUUUUUACAUUGCUAUAAUUUGUUGCUAGAUGAGUUAGUAGCUGCUUGUAUAGGGAGAAUGUGUAAUGCACAAUAUAGUAUUACAUUAAUCCUGGCCGACCAAUCCAAGCAAAGAACGUAAUUAAAUAAGUCAAAGGACAUCUAUGGAUAUCAGCGACAAUACUGAAAUGUAACGGCAUCUAGCUGGAAGCAACAAUCUGGUUAGCUGCGACCGAUAGCCCAUUCGAAAUAUAUCGUUACUAAUACGCACCCUAGUAAGAGUCAUGCACAGAUACAGGGAAUACCAAGGCCACCCUG